AUGCUGAAAGAGUUCGAGAGCACCGGCGGCGUCUUCAUAGAGGAGGCGGACGAGGACGAGGUCGGCGUCACCUUCGCGGACGGGCGCAUCCUGGGCGACGUGCCGGAGGAGGCCAAGAGGAAGAAGCCGACGCAGGCCGAGCGGAAGCGAAAGAAGGGGCUGCAGGCGCCAGACCGGGAAGCCCGCAAGGCCAAGAAGCGGAAAGUUAGCCAGGCCGCCGACGCCGGGCCGCGGGACCUGGAGGCCGAGAACGCCAGGCUGCGGCAGGAGCUCGAGGGCCUCAAGAGCCAGGCCGAGGAGCUGAAGACGGAGAAGGCGAGGCAG